ACCCAGACCUUGCGACGACCAAUGGCGUGACAUGCGCGAACCGCGGUUCGUUCGCCGCCAUUGGUUCGCCGCGCCGCGGCCAAUCGGCUCGCUGACCGGCGAGUCCCGCGCACAUAUUCAAUAUUUGAAUCGCCGCUGCGCGCAUCACGCACCAGCAUUUCGCCGAUCGUUACACUGCGGAUGUCCACGGUUUCGUAGAUCGACCCGAGAUAACGGAUGCUGCUGUCACCGUGGACGGUCGAGGUUUAGCCGGACUCGAGGCAGAGGUGAAUGACACUUAGAGUGGAUGUUCAGAAUUUGUCGCUUCGACCAUUCGCGAAGACUGAAAUGUAGACGUUCAGAGGAAGCUGAAUUGUCAGUUGGUUAAUUAAUAGGAAAAAUGGGAACUACUGCCGCUAUUAAUUGAAUCAUGUCUGCGACUUGGUAUAAAUAUGAUCUCGUCUCGUAAUGUCGGCAUUCGUCUGUAGGGUUAAAUUUGUUUGUAACUGGUAUGUAAACUGAAGGUGUGAAUGAAGUUUCUUCUAUGGGAUUCGGUUAAGAUGACGAUCGUCGAUAGUUAUCUUCAAAGCCAAGUUCAGCUACGAUGCUGGAACCUUGAUAUCUGUUCUAACCUACAGUAACCUGAACAGGGUGGAUUCAUAGCCCGAUAAGGGGAUGGUUAACUCUCAUCCAGACGAGUUCGAGUAUACCUACUACGACGACGAUCGAGCGGAGCACCAUAAUGGCAGUCUAACUUUCCACGUACCGUCGGCGACUUCCGUCCGCGUCGUCCUGGUGAUCCUGCUGCGCGUCGGUUUCGUGCUGAUACACGUCGGUAGCGUGCCGGUGAACAAUGUCAACCUGAUAUUGCUGCAGAACGUGGUGGACGUUUGCUGGGCGACGAUGGCGUACGCCAUGGUCGGUUACCUGAUCGCCUACAAUGGCGACGGGAAUGGAUUGAUAGGGGAAGGAUAUUGGAUAGGCGACGCGGCUGUCGAUAAGGACGAAGCUUUAAUUGGCUGGUCGCUCGUUGUUAUCGCGGCAGCCAUUUGCACCUCCGGCGUCGUCGGGAGGAUGCACACCGUCGGUUAUCUUCUGAUGGGAUUCCUGCUGGCUGGCUUGGUGCAGCCCUUCUUGAUCCACUGGAUCUGGACGCCCGGAGGGUGGAUAAAGAAGAACCUGUUGAACGGAAGUGCGGUCACGUUCAGGGACUACGCUGGAGCUACAGUCGUUCACCUGGUCGGCGGGCUGUCGGGGCUCAUGGGCUGCGUCGCGCUGGGAAGAAGGAUCCUCCGGUUGAGCGCUAUAGAUGACGCUAGCAUCGCCACUGGUACCUCCGGCACUGUGUUCGCUGGUGAGCUGAUGGUAUUCGUUGGACUCCAGAGUCUGAGCAUGUCGAACGAGAAACUCCGGUUCGGAAGCAAAACCGACGGCCACAUCUAUCUGAACAACUUGCUAGCCGCGUCUUCGUGCAGCGUGCUGGUCGUAGCUUUCCAUUUCGUGUUCACCGGGGAGGAGUUCAAUCAUUGGACGGUAAUGAGAUGCGUCCAAGCCACGGUAGCUGGUCUGGCGAUGGUAUCGGCCGGAACGGAUUUCUACUCGCCCGAGAUAGCGCUAGCGUUGGGCGCGAUAGGGAGCAUCGUCUUCUUCUUGGUCUCGAAAAUGGUGUUCCAGAGCGCGUUGGAGGAUUAUUGCAACGUCGCCGCUACCCACGUCGCCUGCGCGUUUUUGGGCAGCUUCUUGGCUCCUCUGUUCGAUAUCGACCGGAAUGCAGAGGUUACGGCGAAUUUGAUGCAAUUCUUCUGGCAGACGAUCUGCCUUCUCACUGUAGCCUCGACUGUCGCGAUUGUCAUGUAUGCUUUCUUCAUUUCGCUGGAAAGCUUGGGUCUGCUUAGAAACCGGUCGGAACACUUGAAUCAUUCGAGGGCGAACAGAGCGAUGGAGACUCUCGAGGUUCCUCGGAGGAAUUUCUUUCGGAGGCUUUUCCGCGCCGACGAGGAUCCCGUUUAUAUCCAGCCGGGAUCGACGUCGGACUCUGCCAGGCGACCGAGCGUUGGUAUCCACGCGAUGAAGUACCAAGGCGAGGACGCUGCCGUCGAGAAGGGCAGAGUGGUGGAAACGAAACAGCCCGCGUAG